UGUCCACUCAUUCUCUGCUAUGCAUUCUUUCUUCUUUUUUAAUAUGCAUUCAAGUCCAUCUGCUCUACACCAUUCCCAUCAGCUUCUUCUCUUUCAAUCAUUUCUGCGUUAAGCCAGCUUUGUCUGUUUUCUGUCUGCCUUAAUUUAUAGCAAAGCCUCAACCUUAGCUGUGAAGCAUUUUUCUUUGUUUUAGUUUAUAUCUCAUGGCAACAUCUUCUAGCAGUAGUGGCGCCUUUGAUGCAGUAAUGUUUCAAUUGUAUCUAGUGGCAUGCUCUUCUAGCAGUAUUCGUGCUUUCGAUGCAAUAAUGUUUCAAUUGUAUCGAAUGGCAUACUCUUAUCGUAGUAGUGGUGCUUUUGAUGCAGUAAUGUUUCAAUAUUAUCUAAUGGUAUCCUCUUCCUACACUGCUGGUACUUUUGAUGCAAUAAAUGCCAUCUGCUUCUACUUUUGUUGCAUCCUCAUCUGGAACCAAACUCUUGCCCUAUGAUAUAUUCAUAAAUCAUUGUGGACAAGAUGUCAAACACACUCUCGCCAGCAAGAUCUACGAUUCCUUAGAUGCCACGGGAUUGAAAGUGUUUCUGGAUAAAGAUGAGUUGGAUCUUGCGGAUUACUUUCCCAAAGCCAUAGAAGAAGCAAUCAAAAGUUCUUCUCUUCAUAUCGCCAUAUUUUCUGAACAUUAUGCACAAUCCCCCUGGUGUUUGGCCCAAUUGUUUUGUAUGCUACAAACCCCCAGCAAAGUUAUGCCCAUUUUCUAUCAUGUUGAUCCUUCUGAUUUAAGAUGGGCGAUUGAAGGAAAAGGAAUUUAUAAAGGUGCCUUUUCUGAUUAUGUAGAGAGGAAAAGAUACCCUUCAGAACUGCAACGUUGGAAACAGGCACUCCAACAAGCUUCCCUUUUUACUGGCGACAUAAUUAAGAAAGAGAAUCAGGGCUGAACGUGUUGAAAGAGCAGGAUCUCUGAGCAAAUACUUAAACACAGGAUUGCACGCCGACUCAGAUGCAUCUAACAACAUUACUUAUCAUCAUGAGUUUGCAGGAGUAGAAAUGAGAAGAGGGGAAAACCCGGAAAUCGGUUUUCAAUGUGUGGCAACCGUACGUGCAGACCGGUGAUGAGUUUAGUGCCGUCUUUAUGCGGCUUUUGCGUCAGAAUCUUGAUGAUUCAAUAAACGAAUUAAUGAAAGCUGGAUUGAUGGUCUGCGUAAUUACUUUGUUUUGUUUAUUUGCACUAGCUCUAUACUUUCAAUUAGUAUAAAUGAUACUAUGGGAAUGCGCGUGUUAGAUUCUUUUGUUCUUCGUCAGGUUAUGCGUAAGGUAAUAAUUGAAGGAUCUUAGAUAGAUAAUUUUUAUUUUAUUUUCUGUUAUAGCUUUUGUAGUUGUUUAAGUUUAUUCUAAAAUAGUGUCUGUGAAUUUGGAGGGCGAGGAAAAAUCUUGCCUCGAUCUAGAUUGUAAAGAUUUUAUUCAAGAAGGAGAACUACAUCCGGGAAUACCAAUGACUGCUGUUUCUGUAUAUGAUCGCACACAAAGGGGGUCACUGUAAAUAUAAGACGAGAAACCGGAGGUAACAAUACAGACAAUCUAGUGUGGGCAGUAUAUUUAGAUGACAAGUUAGUGGGUCAUUGGCGUGCUGGGCUUUUCCAGGACUUCGACAUUUUUCGCCAAUUUAGUUCAAUUAGGAGGACAAGUAGCUGUACUAUCUGGUAGUCAAGGAACUCCAUUCUCAAAGACGAACAUGGGUAGUGGAAACUUUGCAGAGGAAAGGAAUAAAAAAGCAGGUUAUAUUGGGAAUAUAGAAUUGUUUACUACUAAUGGUGUUCUUAUAUCAGACAUGCCUCGGAGUUAUAUCUCAGCUAAAAAGGAUUGUUAUAAUGUAAAAGGAUAUUUUAUAAAAGAUCACCCUUGGGGAUACUGUAUAUAUUAUGGAGGUCCUGGAGGUUAUGUUUCUCAAUGUAAAUAUUAAAGUAUUUUAUUAAAUAAUUUAUAGUUAGUUAAGAAAGGUUAUUUAUAUUAA